AUGGCGGAGUUAUUUCUAAUUAUUUGUGGUGAGUAUUAAACAUUAAAUGACAUUUAUUUGUGAGCUGUAUGUAACUGAUAAUACUGGUAGUUUUUUAUUAUUAUUUGGAUGUGCAGAAGCAACAAAUUUCUGUCUGAAAAAUUGUAAAUUUCAAAAAUAUUAACGCAAAUUUCUUUUAAUAACUAAAACAUUUACAGCCUUUAGUUAUGAAAAACUCUUCAAACUUAAUCUUUCAGCUUGAGUUGUUAACUUUUGAGUAAAAAAAGAACUAUUCAUGACAGUAAUCUACAACUUAAAUCUUUUAAUUCCUCGCUUUAAGUAUAUUUGUAAUUUGUUGUAUUGAUAAAGUCCCUGUAUUUACUUCUUGUAUUCGAUUUGUAGUAAGGUAUGACUAUGGGCUCUAUGCAUCGAUCCUCUACUUCCUGAAUUAAAGGCUGCUCCUCUAUUUCUUGUCUUCCAUGAUUGGACAAACUGAUUAAUCCAGGUGUGUCUGAAUAAUCGCAAUGAUCAGGCACACCUGGAUUAAUUAGUUUGUCCAAUCAUGUAAGAAAGGGAAUAAAUGAGCAGCCAUAAAUUCAGGAAACUGUUUCUGUUGAGUUCAAAUACCGAUCAAUCAGAUUGAUCAGAGUUCUGUCCUCUUUCCUCUGCAGCUCUGAUCUCCUCGUACAGUGCUGCAGAGUUAGAGUACUUCAAUCAGUCCGAAAUCCUCACCUGGGAUGAAGCGAGGAGCCACUGCCAGGUGUGUUUGAAAAAAGAAAGGUUCAUGAUUUCAAAACAGCCUUUAAAUUACAGGUUUUCAAAUUAGCAAAUUUAUUUGUUUUUAAAGCUCCUAUAAGGAGUUUUUUCACAUUCAUAAACUAGACUAAAAUUUAUCUUGCUGCCUGUUUGUGAUUUACAAAAUCAAACAAGACGAUCAGAGACAAGACUUGAGAUUUUUAUAUCCUUAUAUUUAUUGUCUGAAAUAAGUGGGUAGGGGGGUGGAUCUGAAUUCUGCAUCCGAAGAAACAACCCAGAUUUUACAAUUUCCACUUUAAAUAUCCACAAUAAAUACUAAAUCCGACUGUCAGAUGUCAGCGGGAUGAGAUAUGUUGUAAUAAAUAACUUUUCACACAAACCAAAAGUUCCUCAUUUGAGCUCUGGGGCUGUUUCUUCGGCUAGUUGGCGAACACCUACCCCCUCGCACCCACAGAUGGUAUAUAAGUGGAUGUGUGUGGUCGCCUUAGGUUAGCUACAGAUGUCCCGUAACUUCCUGCUUACUUCCUCUCAGAUCUGUUUCAAAGACUUGGCGACCUUGACGCCUCAAAACACCAGAAACAUUACAGAUAAAGUCUCGACUGACUCCUGGAUCGGCCUUCGAAAGAACUUCAACUCAACCAGCAACAGUGAUGAAGACGGUUACUCCAGCAACUCCACCAGCAACAACGCCACCAACAGCAGCAUCCUUAUGCCCUGGUCCCGCUGGGCCAAUGGGGACCCCCUCACCUUCCAGAACUGGUACCCUGGUUGGCCUGUUUUUAAGAAGCCCCCUCCUCCAAGAGAUUGCUGCAGCUGCUCCUGCACGUGCCCGGCGACAACAACCCCAAGAACGACAACCGCCGCCUACUUCACAGACUUCACGACCCCUGGUGUGACCGGCUCUGGCAGAGUUGAGGAAAACACACAAGGAGAUGUGACAAACUACGCUAACUCAUCGACUGAUCAAACUAUGACCGAUGUGUAUGCAUUCAGCGUGUACGACACUACAAAUGAGACACUUUCCACUGAUUCCACAAACAUCCCCAAACGAAAGGCCCCGGGGUUUACCACAAGUCCUCCCACGAUGACUUCCGCGCCGCCGAUAGAGUCCGAGUGCGUGCGAUCGCCAAUGCUGACCCCUGAUAUCCCAGACUCUGAGGACGAGAACUACAUCGAGGACUCGUGUGUGGCUGUGCUGAGCUUCGGGGCGUGGAUAGAGAAGGAGUGCUCCGAGCGUCUUCCUUUUAUAUGUUAUGACGGUAAAACUGCCUCAUCAGUUUCAGUCCAUCCAAUAAUUAUUGAUCCAAAUGACCCGGCUUUAUCCGCUGAAACAAACGAACCUUUUAUUCCCAGAACGCUUCGUAGGCGAAGUCAAUGUGACCAACGUGACGACCACCAGCGCCAGCCUCAAAUGGCCGAAAGGUCCUGGUAACAUCAGCCACUACCGUGUGGAGGUCAACGGUCAAGAGGAGCCCACGGACAGACUGACUAAUGUGACCUUUGACCUUGAGGAUCUGACAGGAGGAAACCUCUACUCAGUGCAGGUGUUCCCUGUCAAGUGCGAGAGAGACCUCAACCCCCAAAAAGUCGACUUUUACACCAGUGAGUUUUCCUGAAUUUGUUUGUGACUCCGUUUUCUUCCCGAUGUUUUAUGAUUAAACUGAAACUAAUGCGUCAAUAAACGGGUUUAAAAAAGGAAGUAUCUUGUCUGUCUUUCAGCGCCAAACAAAGUCAGAAACCUCACCGCUGCCAAAAUGACUGAAACCUCCAUCUUCCUGAGCUGGGACAAACCGGAUGGAAAGGCAGAUUUGUAUGUCGUGAAGUGGCUGGAAGAGGAGACUGAAACUUCCACAGAGGGUGUGGAGGUCGAUGGUUUGACACCUGGAAGUCUCUACAACUUCACUGUCAUCGCCGGAGUCAAAGAUAAAUCCGAAUGGAGCGAAGAAUCCAGGAUCAGCCAAUACACCAGUGAGUUUCUGUCUCAUUGUUUCGCUUAAAGGGAUAUUCCGCCAUUAAAACUAAUCUACGCCUGAAUAUUACAGUGUGUCAAACAUACUGUAACACCGAGUUAGACACCCCCUCGAGGGAUGAAUGUUGCGGACUGCUUGCUUCUCUAGUUAUACCAACUUUAGUAACGACCACAUGAUAGCAGUACACAGCAGUCUGAGGAGCCAUAAACAAACCUCAACCAAAACGCCACAAAUAAUACUCAGAACAGCACCUAACUUCAUCAACAGUACAUACAGGGUCACAGCCAUAGUACUAGCCACCAAACAUCUUUUUAACUUUGCCUAAUUUCUUUAAACACAACUCACCUACUCUCUUCCAGCAGCCGCUUGCUUGUUUGUAGUGAGACCUCGGGCCAGUCCAUUACGGACUGCAGUGGGGUGACACAGCUCAAGGAAGAACAUUUAUGAUUAUUACUUCAUGGAGAUGCAAUCAGACCGAGAUGCUAAAGCAGAAGAACUACCGCGUCUGCAGUGCAAAAUGAUUAAUAUAAUAAUUAUUACUUCAAGGAAAUGAUAAAGAAAUUAUCAUAAAUGUUCUUCCUUGAGCUGCAUCACCCCGCAGCAGUCCAUAACGGACUGGCCCGAGCUCUUGCUACAAGCAAGCGACUGCUGGAAGAGAGUGGGUGAGUUGUGUUUAGUCUCUUUGCUAAAGAAAUCAGGCAAAGCUAAAAAGAUGUUUGGUGGCUAGUACUAUGCCUAGGACCCUAUAUGUACUGUUGAUGAAGUUAGGUGCUGUUCUGAGCAUUUGUGGCUAUAGAGUGGUGUUUUAGUUGAGGUUUGUGUAUGGCUCUUCAGACCGCUGUGUAUUACUAUCAUGCGGUUGUUACUAAAGAUGGUAUGACUAGAGAAGCAAGUGGUCGGCAACAUUCACCUCUCAAGGUGACGUCUAACUUUGUGUUACGGUGUGUUUGACCCUAAAUUAAUUAUAUGCGGGAAUAUCCCUUUAAAGAGAGUUACGAUAUCUCACAGGAGCUUUGUUUGUCUUUUCUCUACAAACCUAUAAAAAAAUUUUGAUUAGGGUCGGUAAACUGAUUUUUUUUUGUCAUAUUUCUUCAUCCAUCUUCUCUUUUAGGACCUGGGAAAGUGUCCAACCUGAGGGCGUCUGAAAACACAAACACCUCUCUGUGGCUUCAGUGGGAUCCACCCAAAGGAAACAGCUUGAGUUACUUAGUGAUGGCUGUGGACAGUGACAAUAAUGAGUGGGUGAUUGUAGACAACAAAGUGAACACAUGUUACAGUGGUAUGUGUGUUUGAAUGGGUGAAAUCUCUGUCUCUCUGUACAGCACAUUAGUGGACCCUAAAGUGGUGGAACAGACUAAAGUGGAAUUGACGGGUCUGCCACAGGGAACCAAGAUAACUCUCAGCGUAAGAGCACUGGUCGGUGACACCUUGAAGGGAGCUGAAGUGACCAUCCAGAGCUACACGAGUAACUAUGAGAUUACACUUUCACAUUUUUCACCUGGUUGUUGAUCAGAGUGGACUAAAAACCCUCCUGCUACUUUGAGUGUCACUAAUCUGACUCUGCUGAUCCUCCAAAGGUCCAGAGCCGAUUUCCAACCUGAUUUUGACACCCGAUGACCACUCCCUGUCUGCCACCUGGAACCCUCCCCAGAGUAAUUAUUCAUCUUUCAACAUCACGCUGACGUUUAAUGGUAGCGUCGUGGACACGGAAUACGACCUAACAAAGCCAAGUGAGACGUUUAAAGACCUGAUGAGUGCAGCUGAUUACACAGUGACUGUUUGGGCUGUUAGUGGAUCCUUCAAAAGCCCACCAGUGACCAAAUCCAAAUUCACCUGUGAGUCCUUCAUCUGUUGGAUAUCUUUUUAAGUUGUUUGUAUAAAAGAAUAAAAACAUGGGUUGCAUUCAGACAAAUCACCACCUCCUUUCCUCUUGCUUCUCUUUUUUUCAGUGCCGAAGCCCCCUACUGAUCUGAAGGUCACCAUGACAGAAAAAAACAAACUCUCGUUCGAGUGGGAUGCACCCAGCGGGACGGCAUCAAAUACAUAUAUGGUCAAUAUCAGCUCCAGCUUCUGGGGCGAAAGCUACCCUCAAACUGUGAAGGACCAAACCAGCCACACAUUUGACGGCUUGAGAUCUGGGACAAGUUACAAAAUCGAAGUGCGAACAGAUGCAGGCGGGACAUUCAGUUCACCAGUUACUGUGUCCCGUUUUACAGGUGAGAAUCCAAGACCCAAAACAUGACACAAACAAAACAUGAUUAAUUUUUCUUAUUUUCUGGUGAUAAAAAUCAUUAAUAUCUACUUUCAAGUUCAGCACAAAAACAACACAGAAAUUCAAAUAGUUUCUUAAAAGUCAAAAUGUUUUUUAAAUUAUUUUCUGAUAAUAAAAAUCACGUAUGUCUUCUUUCAAGGACUGCACAAAUUUAAAAAAUAAUAAUGAUAACAAUAAUAAUAAUAAUUAUUAUAAUAAAGAAAUAAAUGAAUAAAUAAAUAACAGCACACAAGUCCAAAAAGUUGCCAAAAAGUCAAUUAUUAUUUUUUUUGUGUGUGUGUUAAAAAUCAUUUAUGUCCACUUUCAAGUACUCAAAAAAAGGAGUCCAAAUAGUUUUUAAGUCAUUUUUUUUUCAAUUUUCUGAUAAUAAAAAUCACGUCUUCUUUCAAGUGCUGCAAAAAAAAAAAACAGCACAGAAGUCCAAAUAGUUUUUUAAAAUUCAAAAUAUUUUUUUUUACUUUAUGAUAUUAAAAAUCAUUUAUGUCUACUUUCAAGUACUGCAAAAAACAACAACAAAAAAACAGAAAUCCAAAUAUUUUCUAAAAAGUCAACAUGUUUUUUUUAUUAUUUCUGAUAAUAAAAAUCAUUUGUGUCUACUUUCAAGUACUGCAAAAAAAUAAAAAUAAAAACAAAUAAUUAAAUAAUAAAAAUUAAAUACAGCCUAGGAGUCCAAAUAGUUUCUAAAAAGUCAAAAGGUUUUUUAUUUUUUUUUAUUUUCUAAUAAUAAAAAUCAUAUAUGUCCUCUUUCAAGUACUGCAAUAAUAAUAAAUUUAAAAAAUCAUAAUGAUAACAAUAAUUAAUAAAUGAAUAUUAUGUUAAAAAUCCUUUAUGUCUACUUUCAAGUACUGCAAAAAAAAAAAACCGAAAACAAAAAAAAACAGCACAGAAGUCCAAAUAUUCUCUAAAAAGUCCAAAUUCAGAUUUUUUUUUAAACGUCCAAUUAGUUACCCUUCAUUUACUCAUGAAAUCUGGUUCUCCCAGAGUUAGAGUCAGCCUGAUGUUUCCUUUCAAGUUCAUCCUUAUCUUAUUCAAAAGUUAUAAGAAAACAAACUUAAAUGUUUAUAUUGAUGUACCUGAACUCAAUCCCAGUGAGACUAACCCUCAAAAAUAUUCAAAUUUGAUGACAGAUAACUGAAAUAGUUCGAGGACUCUUGUAUCUUCAGACUGUUGGAACUUUCUAUAAAGCCUCAGUGAGGAGGUUUUUUUACAUUUAUGAAAGAGGCUUAAAGUCACAUUGAAUCAAAGUCUACCAAACUAAAACUAUAAGACAUGAAAGUCACUGACAAAUAAGUAUUUUAUAUUUUAAAGUAUUGGAGUCAAGGUACAAGGGUAAAAAAUAAUUCAUAAAUACAAGGAAGUUCAUUAAAAGUUCAUGAGUGUGUAUAACUGGUGACCGAAGCAACACAAAUAAACUGCAAAUAACACAUUAAUGGUGUGCCUUUUAACAUAUCUCCUCAUUUGAAUUUUACAGCAUGAGCUUCCUCAUUCUGACUUCCUCUUUGUUUGUUCCUCAGUGCCUGAAACAAGAGAGGUCAGUCUGUCCAUGUUAUGCUCAUCUCCAGAAAUUCUCCUCUGCGAUAAAAAAGACACGAGGGAAAGUGUUCUCAGACAGGUACGUCAGUAAUCACAUGAACCAAAAUACAGAAAGUCGCGUGUUUUCAGCGUGUUUUCUUCAUCCGUGCGUGUCUUUUUGUUUCAGUUGGAGGCAUUCCUCGAGAGAGAGCUGGGAAGAGAAGUUUUCUGGGAGCUGGAGAAGUAG